AUGAGGACCCGUUAUCAGGCGCUCAUUUCUCAAGCGCAAGGUAGAAAUUUGAGCAAUGUGCCACUCGCCAGACCCGGAGUUAUGCCUGGAGAUGCCCAAAGCAUGCAGUCGAAUCUAGCCUCACCCGCCGGUUACAAAGUGUCCUGCUUGGUUGAUCCGUUGAUCAACCACGGCGCAGCAUGUGGUCCUAAUGAACUGGCUCCAGCGCCGUUGUCCCAAGGAUCUUCGGCUUCCUCGAUUAACCCUCACAUUAACCCAUCCAUCUUUUCGGCACCGUUGUCAUCACAAGGUACACCACCGUCUACCUCCCACCCCACCUUGCCUUCCGGUUUGCACAUCACUUCCAGUUCCCCUCUCAAGAGACCUUUACGCGAAAUUUCAUCUUCUGACGACAAACUCGAGUUUGGUGAGCAUGAUCUUUGCGUGAUCUUGGUUACUCUGACAGACUGA